ACUACACUCACUUUUUUUUCUACCCACACCGUUCUCCUCCUCCUCCUUGAAAGCGCCAUAUAGAUCGAUCCGACCUCAAACCCCCAGUCUCCGUUGACUACAGACACUCGCCGUCUCCAGUUCCGCUUCUUCGUCCCAUUAAUGAUGGCCAGAGGUCUAUUACGAUUCCUAGCUUCGCUACUCGCGUUAGCGAUUUGCAAUGCUGCUUCGGUCUCUCAACCGAUUUCAGACUCUCACCGAUCCGCGGCUGUAGAUGUCUUCCUACCACUCGAUGGAUCCUUCAAAAGUUUGGAGGAAGCGUAUGAAGCAUUGAAGACUUUGGAUGUUCUUGGAAUUGAUAAGAAGUCUGAUCUAAGUUUAUCCACUUGUGAGAAUGUGGUUAAAGUUCUAGGGUCGUCAUCUUCUGCUUUAAAGGAUUUGUUUUAUGCUUUGAGCGUUAAUGGGAUUCUAAAAUGCAAAACUGGAGAAAUUGUUCCUAAGGACAUUGUCUCUAAACUUCAAGCUGGCGCCAAGGAUGCGAAGUUGUUGCUUGACUUCUACUAUUCCGUCAGAGGCUUGGUGCUUGCUAAGGAGCAAUUUUCUGGAACUGAUGUUAGUCUUGGUGAUGCCGAAGCCAUUUUCCGUUCCAUAAAGGCUCUCAGCCAGAAUGAUGGAAGAUGGCGCUACAGCUCCAACAAUCCUGAAUCAAGCACCUUUGCUGCUGGCGUAGCAUUCGAAACUCUUGCUGGAGUGAUUUCAUUAGCACCUUCAGAGAUUGAUCAGUCAUUGAUCCAGACAUUGAAGACGGGUAUCGUGAAGCUUUUUGACAGUAUCCAAAAAUAUGACGAUGGGACAUUUUACUUCGAUGGUAGUGAAGGCCCGAUCUCAACAACUGCAUCAGUAAUUAGAGGGCUCACUUCAUUUGCAGCUUCAGAAUCCACUGGAUUGAACCUUCCAGGUGAUAAGAUAGUUGGUCUGGCCAAAUUCUUACUUGGUGUUGGAAUUCCUGGAGAUGCCAAGGAUUUCUUCAACCAAGUAGAUGCACUGGCUUGUUUGGAAGACAACAGGUUCUCUGUUCCACUCAUCUUGUCUCUUCCAUCUACUGUCAUUUCAUUGACAAAGAAAGAGCCUCUGAAGGUUAAAGUGAGCACUGUUCUCGGUUCUAAGGCACCAGCUCUUAGUGUGAAGCUCGCAGACGCUCUAAGUUCAAAGGGUUCUUCCGUAAUCAGCAACCAGGAGCUUAAGUUUGACGCUGACAGUGCAACGUACUUUCUGGACUCCUUUCCCAAGAACUUUGAUGUUGGAAAGUAUACAUUUGUAUUUGAGAUUUUGCUAGAUGAGUCGGCAAAUGAAAAAGCUUACAUAACCGAAGCCCAAACAAAAGUGCCUAUAGCAGCCACAGGAGCUAUUAGCAUUGAGAACGCAGAAAUUGCUGUACUUGACAGUGACGUCGGGAGCGUUGAAUCUCAGAAGAAGCUAGAUUUAAGUAAAGAUGGAGCAGUGUCAUUAUCAGCAAACCAUCUCCAAAAGCUACGUCUGUCAUUCCAGUUAACUACUCCAGUUGGCGUUGUGUUUAAGCCACACCAGGCAUUUCUGAAACUGAAACAUGAGUCACAGGUCGAGCAUAUCUUUCUUGUGAAAACUUCUGGAAAGAAGUCUGAAUUAGUACUAGAUUUUCUUGGAUUGGUUGAGAAGCUCCACUACCUUUCUGGUAAAUAUGAGAUCCAGCUAACUAUUGGAGAUGCUUCUAUGGAGAACUCUUUGUUGAACAAUAUUGGCCACAUUGAACUAGACUUACCAGAACGUCCAGAGAAGGCGUCUCUUCCUCCUCUACAGCCUACUGACCCUUACUCAAGAUAUGGUCCAAAGGCUGAGAUAUCACACAUCUUCCGUGUUCCAGAAAAGCUUCCCGCGAAGCAGCUUUCACUAGUCUUCUUGGGUCUUAUAGUUCUCCCCUUCAUCGGUUUCCUGAUUGGGCUGACAAGGUUGGGAGUGAACAUAAAGAGCUUCCCAUCAUCGGUUGGAGCUGCAACAUCCGCCUUACUUUUCCAUGGUGGCAUCGGAGCUGUUCUGCUUCUCUACGUGCUAUUCUGGAUUAAGUUGGAUCUGUUCACGACUCUAAAGGCACUUUCGAUGUUGGGAGUGUUUCUGUUGUUCGUUGGACACAGCACACUCUCUCAACUCGCAUCGGCAUCGAACAAGUUGAAAUCUGCUUGAAGAAUGUAUUCGCUAUGAUAGAUUCUGUGUGUUCCAUGGACCACCUUUUUUGUGGUAGCAUUACUUUUUAUAGAUUAAGGUGAUAGACAAUUCCAAAGUAUUUCAGAGUUUUACGAACUCUCAGUUUAGUCUUAAAAGUUAUCAACAAGAAGAGUUGCCUUCCUUGCCUUUUUCGUUGAACAAUAUUUUGAGAUACAAGUCGCCCAAACUCCAAGUAAAAUACAAGUUUUGAUGAAAAUAAAGUGUAGUAUAGUUCUG